UUAAACAAAAACCUUUUAAAAUAUUGCAAAUAAUUAUCAUGCGUUUGCUAAUUAAAGGUCAUUAUAUAAUUUAAAAAAAAAUAUGCAAAACAUUAAUAUUUUAAGGUUAAAAAUGAGUCAUAAACAUUCAUAUACAUGAUUUCUAUUGAAUAAAUUUCAAAUUACACACUAUUAACGGUUUUUACUUAUUGAAAACAAUUGGCAAUACUAAAAAAACAAACAAAAAUUUCAUACAACUCUGUUAUGAUUCACUGUGUUUACACAAUAUUCUUGUGUAAAUUUACUCUUCAAGAGCAAAAAUGAAAUAAACACAACACUGGCUCUCUUAAAAUAAUGACAACUAACAAUUAAUUGAAGUAUUUUUUUAGUCAUAAUUUGACAAUUAAAAAGUGAACAAUAAGUGAAGAAAAAAUACGAAAAAAUUGCAAAUUCUUAUAAAGAAAAAUUAUAUUAUAUUAGAAAAAGCUACAAAUUAAAGAAAUUAAGUUGAAUAAUCGAAAAAUAAAUGUUAUUUAACAUGUUUAAAAUAUAAAGCAAAAUGCAAAUAUUGUAAUUAGAAAGUGCUGUGUGGUGAAAGAAAGAAAGAAAAAAACAGGAAAUUUGUUGUGUGUUUUGUAUGAAGGCCAAGCGCCUACGCCUUCUGGAGGUCAUUAAUAUUGUGUGUUUCUUUACAUUGAGCAUAAUAAAAUAACUUAGUGUUUGCGUUUAAUUAUUUCUAAUCGUUAUUUUCACAUAUUUGCUUGAAAAAUUAGCUCAAUAUUUUUGCCAUCACGUUAGCUUCGCAGUUUACAUUUAACGCCGCCAUGCCGUUGGCAGAUCUUCAUAAAGAUCUAAGACAACAGCAACAAUUGGGCGUUACAACGGCUGCCAUACCCAGUUCAUUGUCCACCUCGAAUGCGGCUUCCAAUCUUAGUGAUCAUGUGGGUAUAUCCCGUAUGCAAAUUACCUCUUCCGGUUGCAGUAGUCUGGCGGUAACCCCCAUGGAACAUACACCCACAGAUGAGGAAAGCGGGGGUGUAACAACAGUGACGUCAUGUCAAAGACGUCAACUGCAACAACAGCAACAGAACCUACAACCUUCACAGCUGCAGGCAGCAUUAGGUAAACAUCAACAUCAUCAUCAUCAACAACAACAGCAACAGGGGGUAGUCGCUAGUAGUAGUACUACUACUACUACUGCAACGACGUUACAAAAUAAUUUACCACAUUCCAACAAUGAUUUAAUGGAUUUAAGUGAUUCUGAAUGUUAUACUCAUUCCACUGGAGGUCAAGGUGGCCCCAACAACAUUGAUUGUGGGGAAAAUGAAUUUGAAUUGCGCGAGGUCAUAAAAGAGGGCCAUGAAAAAGCCGACCCCUCGCAGUUUGAACUUUUGCGUGUUUUGGGCGAAGGCUCGUUUGGCAAAGUGUUUUUGGUGCGUAAAAUUGUGGGUAAAGAUGCGGGAACUCUGUAUGCCAUGAAAGUGUUAAAGAAAGCCACCUUGAAAAUCAAGGAUAGAGUAAGAAGUACAAAUGAACGCAAGAUUUUGGCCGAUGUGGGACAUGCCUUUAUAGUAAAAUUACAUUAUGCCUUUCAAACGCCCGGAAAAUUGUAUUUAAUAUUGGACUUUUUAAGAGGAGGUGACUUGUUUACUCGUCUCUCCAAGGAAGUCAUGUUUACUGAGGAAGAUGUUAAAUUUUAUUUGGCUGAAUUGGCUUUGGCUUUAAAUCACCUGCAUUCCUUGGGCAUAAUAUAUCGUGAUCUGAAACCGGAGAAUAUACUCUUAGACGAAAAUGGUCAUAUAGCAUUGACCGACUUUGGUUUGUCAAAGCAGCCUUUAGAUGGCUCUAAAACCUAUAGUUUUUGUGGCACAGUAGAAUAUAUGGCUCCCGAAAUUGUCAAUAGAAAGGGACAUGAUUUUGCCGCCGACUGGUGGUCAUUUGGUGUACUAAUGUAUGAAAUGUUAACUGGAAAUUUGCCUUUUCAUGGUCAAUCUAGACAGGAAACCAUGAAUCAAAUAUUAAGAUCUAAAUUAGGCAUGCCAGAGAAUCUGUCACCAGAGGCUCAGGCUCUUUUAAGAGCACUAUUUAAAAGAAAUCCUCAAAAUAGAUUAGGAGCAGGAGCAAAUGGCAUUAUGGAUAUCAAAGCUCACUGUUUCUUUGCUACUAUUGAUUGGUCACGCUUAGAAAAGAAGGAAGUAAGACCUCCUUUUAUACCAGCCGUUUCUCGAGAUGAUGCUUUCUAUUUCGAUGUGGAAUAUACUUCAAAAUCUCCACGGGAUUCUCCUGGAGGACCCAUUUCUGCCUCGGCCCAUGAAAUAUUUAGAGGUUUUUCUUUUGUUGCUCCCGUUCUAUUGGAACAAAGUUUAAGCAACCAUUCCUCGUUACCUCAGUCCCCUUAUUUACCCAGCCAACAGGCACCACGCUCUCUACCCGGCGUUUUACCCGGAAAUUUUCAUCAAGAUUACAAUUUACUACAAGAGUUAGGUCGAGGCACUUUCUCCGUAUGCCGCCUUUGCGAACACAAAUCAUCGAAAAAACAUUUUGCUGUUAAAAUUAUAGAAAAAGCUGCCUAUAUGGCUAAUUCUUCCUCAUCGGAUUGCUGGGAGGAAGUAGAAAUUAUGUUGCGUUAUGGCAAUCAUCCAAAUAUUGUUACUUUGUUUUCGGUAUAUGAAGAUGCUCUUUCCGCAUAUUUGGUUAUGGAACUCUUAAAAGGUGGCGAAUUGUUGGAUCGCAUAUUGGCUGUUGGUCAAAUGUGUGAAAGUGAGGCUAGUGCGGUUUUAAGGACUAUGGUUUCAGCGGUUGCCUAUCUGCACGAACAUGGUGUAGUGCAUCGUGAUUUGAAGCCAUCAAAUAUGAUUUAUGCCAGUAUGCGACAGACACCAGAAACUUUGAAACUUUGUGAUUUAGGUUUUGCAAAACAAUUACGUGCCGAUAAUGGUCUACUUAUGACACCCUGUUAUACAGCGAAUUUUGUAGCUCCUGAAGUAUUAAAACGACAAGGCUAUGAUUUGGCCUGUGAUAUAUGGUCAUUAGGUGUUCUCCUCUAUAUAAUGCUGUCGGGACGAACACCCUUUGCAUCGACACCUAAUGAUUCACCCGAUGUGAUAUUAAAACGAAUAGGAUCUGGACAUAUAGAUUUUACCUCGACACGAUGGACGCUAGUUUCGCAUCCCGUCAAAGAUUUACUAAGACAAAUGUUGCAUAUUGUACCGGAAAAUCGUCCGACAGCAGCACAAAUACUACAACAUCCCUGGCUAAAAGAACAAUCAGCUGGUUCUGUGCGUUUAACAGAAUAUUGUGCUCCUAGCAGUAUUACGCCAACAAAUUCAUCAUUAUCAAAUCAAGCUGCUGCUGCUGCCGCUGUUACAGGUAUUUCCUCUAAUUUUACAAAUAAUGCCAAUAUGGUGAGAGAAGCAAAUGCUAAUUUACGUGGUGCUGUGGAUGCCACUUUUAGAGCCAUUGCCAUACCGCAGGCGGCCAAUGUGGGGCCUGUCGAACAAUCAACAUUGGCCAAACGACGUGCCAAAGAUCGUGCCAAUUUACAAACGUAAUCGAAAGCUUCUCUUAGAUGGCCAGCAUUUUUAAUACGUUUUAAAUUGAAAUUUUUAAGAUAAUUAUGAGACAUGAGAAAAGUGAACAAAACUAAAUUCCUUCUAAAGAAAAGUAAAGCUUUACUAAUUGAUGAAAACAAACAAAAAUUAAACUCAACAAAAAAGGUAAAUUUUUUGCUAAACACGAGUUGUGAAACACUGGCUUACUUUUUUUUCUAACUUUACAAAAAAAUUAAGCACAACUUUUUACUUAGAAAACAAAAAUGAAAAAAAAAGAACAAACACUAUUUUGAAACUUCUUAAAUUUUAAUAUAAGAAGUUAGUUAUUAUAUAUAAUCAAUCUUCCAUUUAUAGUAAACAAGUUAAUUAUUUAUUUUAUAAUUAAAAAAAGGCAAGAAAAUAAGAAAUUAUUAACACUAAUAAUUUAUUUAUAAUUUUGUUUCUUUUUUGUAUAAAAACAAAAUAUAAAAAAUAUUCUUUAUAGC